AUGGAAGAUAUUGAAGUUCCACAGUUUUUUCUUUGCCCAAUCUCUCUCCAAAUAAUGAAAGAUCCAGUUACUGCUAUAACAGGCAUAACCUACGAUCGAGACAGCAUCGAACAUUGGUUACUCCGAAACAAAAACACAACAUGUCCUGUCACAAAACAACCUCUUCCACUAGAUUCUGAUUUAACACCGAACCACACGCUUCGUCGGUUGAUUCAAUCAUGGUGCACACAGAAUGCUUCACUCGGUAUCGAUAGAAUCCCAACGCCGAAACCACCUCUCACGACAACUCAUGUCGAAAAGCUUCUCAAAGGAAUUAAAGACUCGAAGAUUCAGCUCAAGAGUUUAAUGCAGUUGGAGUUACUUGCCGCGGAGAACGAAAGGAAUAAGAAGUGUUUGUUGGAAAACGGUGUCCCGAAAGCGAUGAUCAUGUUCAUAUAUGAUUGUUAUAGAAAAGGUGAAAUCCUCGAAGGAAUCGAAGAAGCUCUUAGUUUCUUACAAUUUGUUAAGGUUCCUAAUGACGACGCAAAGAAUCUUUUAUCAGAAAACAAUGAAAUGUUAGAUUGUUUAACGUGGAUAUUAGAUUUACCUUCUGAGAUAAAGAACUCAGUUGCUGUGAAAUCUCAUGCGGUUUUGGUGCUUAAAAAAUUCAUCAACAACUGCGAUUCUGUUGUUUUAGAGAGACUAAAACCCGAGUUUUUCAAAAGCGUUGUAAACUCUUUAAAAAACGGUGUAAUAACUCAACAAGGUUUAUGUGCUGCUUUACAUGUUUUGUUAUGUUGUUGUCCUUUGGGAAGAAACAGGUUAAUGAUGGUUGAAGCUGGUGCUGUUAAUGAACUGAUAGAGAUUGAAUUAAUGUCGAUACCGGAGAAGAGAAUCACGGAGCUAACUUUUGGUAUUUUGUUUCAUUUGUGUUCUUGUGCUAAUGGGAGGUUUCAGCUUUUGAGUCAUGAAGGAUCAAUUGCAGUGUUGACUGAGAGAAUCUUUAAGGUUUCAAUAGCGGUUGAUGAUAGAGCGGUGUUUAUACUUUCUUUGAUAAGUAAAUUUUCGGCUACUAAGACGGUUUUGGAAGAGAUGUUAAAAGUUGGAACUAUUUCUAAGCUUUUUGUUUUGCUUCAAGCUGAUCAUGCAAAGUAUUUGAAAGAUAAGGUUAUGGAAAUAUUUAAGGCUCAUUCUGAGGUUUGGAAGAAUUCUCCUUGCUUUCCUCAAAAUUCUUUUUAUGCUAGUUUGCAUAGGUGA